ACGGUGUACCAUAGCACUGUGCUGUGUGGCUCCACUCCGCUGCAGCUGCCGCCGUCUUCUCCACUCCACACUGUCGCACAGCCAUGGCGGACAGUGCGAGCGAGAGCGACACUGACGGAGCUGGGAGUAGCUCGGCCACCCCGAUGUCGUCCUCCGCUUCAAAUUCGGGAAAACCGAGCAUAGUCAUUUCACAGUUUCGUCUGGAGGAGCUGACGAACCGGCUGGCUUCUUUGCAACAAGAGAAUAAAGUUCUAAAAAUUGAGCUAGAAACGUUCAAACUCAAGUGCAAAGCCCUACAGGAGGAGAAUCGGGACCUUCGCAAAGCUAGCGUCACCAUUCAAGCUAGAGCGGAGCAGGAGGAAGAGUUUAUCAGCAACACCUUGUUCAAGAAGAUCCAAGCCCUGCAGAAGGAAAAGGAGACUUUGGCAGUCAACUAUGAGAAGGAGGAGGAAUUUCUCACCAAUGAACUGUCAAGGAAGCUCAUGCAACUCCAACAUGAGAAGGCCGAGCUGGAGCAGCACUUGGAGCAGGAGCAGGAGUUCCAGGUUAACAAGCUCAUGAAGAAGAUCAAGAAGAUGGAAAACGACACCAUCUCAAAGCAACUCACCCUGGAACAGUUGAGGCGCGAGAAAAUUGACCUUGAGAACACAUUAGAGCAGGAGCAGGAAGCUUUGGUCAACAGACUGUGGAAACGAAUGGAUAAACUGGAGGCUGAGAAAAGAAUCCUGCAGGAGAAGUUGGACCAGCCGGUGUCAGCUCCUCCCUCCCCCAGAGAUGUUUCCAUGGAGAUCGACUCGCCGGAGAACAUGAUGCGGCAUAUCCGCUUCCUGAAGAAUGAAGUAGAGAGGUUGAAGAAGAGCUUGCGCACCACCGAGCUGCAGCACACAGAGAAACGUGCCCAGUACAUAGAGGAGGAGCGGCACAUGAGGGAGGAGAACAUCCGGCUUCAGAGGAAGCUUCAGAGAGAGAUGGAGCGCAGGGAGGCCUUGUGCAGACAACUGUCAGAGAGUGAAUCCAGUCUGGAGAUGGAUGAUGAGAGGUACUUCAAUGAGAUGUCUGCACAGAGUUUGAGAGCAAGGACUGUGUCCAGCCCUAUCCCCUACACCCCCUCCCCCAGCUCCAGCCGACCCAUAUCACCUGGUCUGUCGUAUGGCAGCCACACAGUUGGCUUCACCCCUCCAGCCACACUGUCCAGAGCCGCCAUCUCCCACUACAAUGCCCCCGCCCUGCAUGUCCACGGAAGCUCCUCCCACGCUGUAGCGAGGCCCUCCCCAAGAAGAAGCACCAGCCCUGACAAAUUCAAACGUCCGACACCCCCGCCCUCCCCCAACACGCACUCAGGGGCCCAGCAGCCUCAGCCUCCGCUCCCCCCACCAGCCCAGCCCAUGGUCCAGUCCAUGUCCUCCCCGGCAGCUAUGUCGCAGCAUGCAGCAGCAGCAGCGCAGCAGCCUCCCUCCCAGCCUUAACGCCACACGUGGUCUCUUGUGUUUGCGUGUGAGUGCGCCCACUGUAUGCCACGACGCUACCGCAACAGCAGCUUCCAUCAUUACCAGCCCUGGAAGUAAAGUCUCUUAUCUCUACCAACUUCACAAAAGAAACAGCUUCAACAGUUUUUUGGGGGGAAAAGAAACGGAGUCGGCGGAGCACCCUCAAAGAAGCUUUGCCACCCGCCAAACCCACGUGUGGCAUUACUUAACUACUCUUAAAAGGAAUGGACGGACUUAAAAAUAAUUGCUUCUGGGAUUUGUAGGCCGAUUAUCUGUUCACCUUCUGUCUUGUACAUGUAUGUUUUUUUUGUUUGUUUUUUUAUCUUUUGAUUUUCGCUUGAGACUUUUGCCGAUUGGAAUUGUUGUUGUGGCGCAUAUGAGAUAGCAUAUAUAGCACAUAUGUCUCAUGGUGGUGUUUUUUUGAUUGGUUGGCUGUUUGAAUUGAUUGAUCGAUGGAUGGAUGUAUGGUAAGAGAAAUAGGUGGAUUGAUGGAUGGAUGUGGCCGGUUCUUUCCAUGCCUAUAAUACCACACUCGAUUGCAGUAAUGUGCUCCACUCCAGCUCACCCCACUCCCUUUGUCUAUAAAGCAGUGUAAACAAUUGCCCCCCCAAGUUGAACACAGCUUUGAUUAAGUCAACAAGAGAUACCAUAGAAAACCGCUCAACUUAAAUAGGAGUAACUCCAUUAUAGGGCAUUGAUCAAACAGAGCUAGCGCCAAUAUGUUAUUUUGAUUCCUGAAAGCAUUCAGAGGCCACGCUGCUCUUAAAUAAAAAUGAAAAAAGAAAAAAAAGGAGGAUGGGCACUGGUACAUAAGACACAGAUAAAUGUCGCCUUUUGAGGUGUUUAAAAUGUAGUCUGAGGUGUUACAACUUAGUCAUGUACUCAUGUCUCUUCUCUGCUCUUCUCUAUCUCUGGUGUAUUUCUGAAAGCUUCUAUCAUCCCUAUGGAUAUUCCUCAUCGGAAAAAGGAAAAAAAAAAAAAACUUAAUGCUCUUUACACUAAAUAUACAUACUGCUAAAACAUUCUAAAUGAAUGGUACUGUUGAACUAAAUUUCUAUGUAUGAUUAAAGCUCUUGAGAAGAUGA